AUGUCGCUAUUCAACGUCUUCCGCAAGCACUGCGCCCAGCGCUUCGGCAAGGAGGCGAAGGCCUCCCAGGUCAUCGCCGUGUACUCGUACUGCUUCUUGAGCACUGGGCUCUCCUGGGUUGGCCCCUACUAUGCCACGGUCAACAAUGAAGGCAAGCCCUACGACAAGCGCGAUGAGGAGUACCGAAACCUCAUCCACUGUUGCCGAUAG